GCUCUAUUUAUGAUGUCCUCUGCACAGAUCUACUCUGACAUUGACAUAUUAUUACUUAUUGGAAUGUCUGUCCUUCAGGUAGCACAGAGGGAGGAUGGUGAUCCUCAGAGGGAAGGAAAGGAAGUUGUUGAGGAAGAACCGGUGGCCACGCCCAAAGAGGAGGCCAAGAAGGGAAGGAAGGCAAAAAGGAAGAGGAGUGGCAAGAAGUCAAGGAAGCUGGGCACUGACAACGAUGCAGUCUCCAGGAAUAAACACCUGGAUAGAGGAUCUGUAAUUGAGCUCCUGGAGAAGAAAGCUGUUAAGGCUGCAUUCGGCCCAGGCAACAAGGAUGAAAUGGAAUACUCCUAUCCAAUCCUCAUCUCAUUCCUGCGCAAUCUUACUGAUGAGCAGUGGCAAGUGAUCUACAAAGGACUAAAAAACCCUAUGACGAAGGAACAGCUUGCCAAAUUGUGCAAGACAAUUGUAACCUUCAUCGCACAGACCACCCUGCAGAUCCUGCUGCCAGCCCUGGCCCGCGUACUUGGGGUAAAGGACUUUGCUGACGACGACACUGACUCACCCAAGAGGGGUGGCAGUGCAAGAUCCUUUGCUGCCUUUGACAAGGAAAGACUGGAGCUCAUCCAGGAAGUUAGAUAUCUGGCGAAGAAAAUGUAUAAGGGCGGCACAGGGGCUCAACAUCUCAGGUCCCUAACACCCUCUUCUAAGAGUUCCCAGACCUCAGUGAAAGUCCACCUGGGAAUGACAGAGGACAGAAUCAUCAAAAGUGUCCAGGAGCAACUGUCUGAUCAUAAUAUCCUGUCCUCUUGCCCACCUGAGCUGACUGUUGGUCUUAUCAAGGUGGUGGUCGAACAGCUUAACUCUGCCCUCUCUGCGACCAUCAGCAGAGCCAUUUCAGGGCGGUCCUCCCCUAUUUCUUCUGGUACCCAGGCCGCUGAACAAAUGGUCAACAUGGUCCAGAAAUGUUUUGAUGAUCACACCACCCCAGAGGACCAGAGCUCUACCUCUGUAUUAGAGUCAUGCAUUCCACCUGCAACAGAAGAAGUGAUGACUGUUAUCGCAGAGAUGGUGGGUGAAUUGGAAAAAGAAGAUCCGGAAUUGGCUAUGAGGAGCUGA